AGUCUGCAGAGGGACCGGGGCACGCUGGCUGGGCUCAGCCGCGGCACCAGCUGCCGCACAGCGAUUACGGGGCUGCCCGCCUGGAAACCGUGUAGGAUUGGUGGUGAUUUUCAUAGCCAAGAGCCACUGCCCCUGACCAUGUAGAUGCCAGCUCCAGGGAGCAGCAUGGGCCCCGCUGAAUGGAGACUCCUGGGUCUACAGCCCUGAGCCCCUCUGGCCCCUGGAUUUCGCCCCACGCCCGGGGACGCCCCCUGGAGCUCACCACCACUGUCGCCAGCCCGCCUCGGCCACCCAUCCCCCCGGGACCUAGAGUUGGCCACCCAGAGCUGCAGCCAUCCGGUGAGGGUGUGCUAAGGACAGCCACAGCAGCCGUCACCUCUUGUCCAGCGCUGACCCUCGGGCCCACCCCGAGCAGGGACUGCAGGAGACAUGGGUGAUAUGACCAACAGCGACUUUUACUCCAAAAACCAAAGAAAUGAGUCGAGCCAUGGGGGCGAAUUCGGGUGCACGAUGGAGGAGCUCCGCUCCCUCAUGGAGCUGCGGGGCACCGAGGCUGUGGUCAAGAUCAAGGAAACUUACGGGGACACCGAAGCCAUCUGCCGGCGCCUCAAAACCUCACCUGUCGAAGGUUUGCCAGGCACGGCUCCAGACCUGGAAAAGAGAAAGCAGAUUUUUGGGCAAAACUUUAUACCUCCAAAGAAGCCAAAAACCUUUAUGCAGCUUGUGUGGGAGGCGCUACAGGAUGUGACACUCAUCAUCUUGGAGAUCGCCGCCAUCAUCUCCCUGGGGCUGUCCUUCUACCACCCGCCCGGCGAGAGCAAUGAAGGAUGCGCGACGGCCCAGGGUGGGGCAGAAGAUGAAGGAGAGGCAGAGGCAGGUUGGAUCGAGGGGGCAGCCAUUCUCCUCUCGGUCAUCUGCGUGGUCCUGGUCACGGCCUUCAAUGACUGGAGCAAAGAGAAACAGUUCCGGGGCCUGCAGAGCCGCAUUGAGCAGGAGCAGAAGUUCACCGUGGUCCGGGCUGGCCAGGUCGUCCAGAUCCCUGUGGCUGAGAUUGUGGUCGGGGACAUUGCCCAAGUCAAAUAUGGUGACCUCCUCCCUGCCGACGGCCUCUUCAUCCAGGGCAAUGACCUCAAGAUCGAUGAAAGCUCCCUGACUGGGGAAUCUGACCAGGUGCGCAAGUCCGUGGACAAGGACCCCAUGCUGCUGUCAGGGACCCACGUGAUGGAGGGCUCAGGACGGAUGGUGGUGACUGCCGUGGGUGUGAACUCUCAGACUGGCAUCAUCUUUACCCUGCUUGGGGCCGGUGGUGAAGAAGAAGAGAAGAAAGACAAAAAAGGUGUGAAGAAAGGGGAUGGCCUUCAGCUACCAGCAGCAGACGGUGCGGCAGCUCCAAACGCUGCAGAUAGUGCAAAUGCAAGCCUGGUCAAUGGUAAAAUGCAGGAUGGCAAUGUGGACAGCAGCCAGAGCAAAGCCAAACAGCAGGAUGGGGCGGCUGCCAUGGAGAUGCAGCCCCUCAAGAGUGCCGAGGGCGGAGAUGCAGACGACAAGAAGAAGGCCAACAUGCACAAGAAGGAGAAAUCCGUGCUGCAGGGCAAGCUCACCAAGCUGGCUGUGCAGAUCGGCAAGGCAGGCUUGGUGAUGUCGGCCAUCACGGUGAUCAUCCUGGUGCUCUACUUCACCGUGGACACCUUCGUGGUCAACAAGAAGCCGUGGCUGCCCGAAUGCACGCCCGUCUAUGUACAGUACUUUGUCAAGUUCUUCAUCAUUGGCGUGACGGUGCUGGUGGUGGCCGUGCCCGAGGGGCUCCCUCUGGCUGUCACCAUCUCACUGGCCUACUCGGUGAAGAAAAUGAUGAAGGACAACAACCUGGUACGCCACCUGGACGCCUGUGAGACCAUGGGCAAUGCCACAGCCAUCUGCUCAGACAAGACGGGCACACUGACCACCAAUCGCAUGACGGUGGUGCAAGCCUACGUCGGCGACGUCCACUACAAGGAGAUCCCCGAGCCCAGUUCCAUCAAUGCCAAGACCAUGGAGCUGCUGGUCAAUGCCAUCGCCAUCAACAGCGCCUACACCACCAAGAUUCUGCCCCCGGAGAAGGAGGGCGCCCUGCCCCGGCAGGUGGGCAACAAGACGGAGUGCGGCCUGCUGGGCUUUGUGCUGGACCUGAAGCAGGACUACGAGCCCGUGCGCACCCAGGUGCCAGAGGAGAAGCUGUACAAAGUGUACACCUUCAACUCUGUGCGCAAGUCCAUGAGCACCGUCAUCAAGCUGCCGGAUGAGAGCUUCCGCAUGUACAGCAAGGGCGCAUCUGAGAUCGUGCUCAAGAAAUGCUGCAAAAUCCUCACUGGGGCGGGCGAGCCCCGAGUCUUCCGGCCGAGAGACCGGGACGAGAUGGUGAAGAAGGUGAUAGAGCCCAUGGCCUGCGACGGGCUCCGCACCAUCUGCGUGGCCUACCGCGACUUCCCCAGCAGCCCCGAGCCCGACUGGGACAACGAGAACGACAUCCUCAAUGAUCUCACCUGCAUCUGCGUGGUGGGCAUCGAGGACCCUGUGCGGCCCGAGGUCCCAGAAGCCAUCCGCAAGUGCCAGCGGGCAGGCAUCACAGUCCGCAUGGUCACUGGUGACAAUAUCAACACGGCACGGGCCAUCGCCAUUAAGUGUGGCAUCAUCCAUCCUGGGGAGGACUUUCUGUGCCUGGAGGGCAAGGAGUUCAACCGGCGGAUCCGCAAUGAGAAGGGGGAGAUUGAGCAGGAGCGAAUCGACAAGAUCUGGCCAAAGCUGCGGGUGCUGGCUCGCUCCUCCCCCACAGACAAGCAUACCCUGGUCAAAGGCAUCAUCGACAGCACACACACGGAGCAGCGGCAAGUGGUGGCCGUGACAGGGGAUGGGACCAACGACGGGCCUGCCCUCAAGAAGGCUGAUGUGGGCUUUGCCAUGGGCAUCGCAGGCACUGACGUGGCCAAGGAGGCCUCAGACAUCAUCCUGACGGAUGACAACUUCAGCAGCAUCGUCAAGGCAGUGAUGUGGGGCCGAAACGUCUAUGACAGCAUCUCUAAGUUCUUGCAAUUCCAGCUGACAGUCAACGUCGUAGCUGUGAUUGUGGCUUUCACAGGAGCCUGCAUCACACAGGACUCCCCUCUGAAGGCCGUGCAGAUGCUGUGGGUGAACCUCAUCAUGGACACGUUUGCCUCCCUGGCAUUGGCCACCGAGCCGCCCACAGAGACCCUGCUCCUGAGGAAGCCCUAUGGCCGCAACAAGCCCCUCAUCUCGAGGACCAUGAUGAAGAACAUCCUGGGCCAUGCUGUCUACCAGCUCACGCUCAUCUUCACCCUGCUCUUUGUUGGCGAGAAGAUGUUCCAGAUUGACAGCGGGAGGAAUGCGCCCCUGCACUCCCCGCCCUCGGAGCACUACACCAUCAUCUUCAACACCUUCGUCAUGAUGCAGCUCUUCAAUGAAAUCAACGCCCGUAAGAUCCACGGCGAGCGCAAUGUCUUUGACGGCAUCUUUCGGAACCCGAUCUUCUGCACCAUCGUGCUGGGCACCUUUGCCAUCCAGAUAGUCAUCGUGCAGUUCGGAGGGAAGCCAUUCAGCUGCUCUCCGCUGCAGCUGGACCAGUGGAUGUGGUGCAUAUUCAUUGGGUUAGGAGAGCUCGUUUGGGGCCAGGUCAUUGCCACCAUCCCGACCAGCAGGCUCAAAUUCCUCAAGGAGGCCGGCAGGCUCACGCAGAAGGAGGAGAUUCCUGAGGAGGAGCUCAACGAGGACGUGGAGGAGAUAGACCACGCAGAGAGAGAGCUGCGGCGGGGCCAGAUUCUGUGGUUCCGAGGCCUGAAUCGGAUCCAAACUCAGAUUGAAGUAGUCAAUACUUUCAAGAGCGGGGCCUCCUUUCAGGGGGCCCUGCGGAGACAGUCCUCCGUCACCAGCCAGAGCCAGGACAUCCGCGUCGUGAAGGCGUUCCGUAGCUCUCUCUAUGAAGGUUUAGAAAAGCCUGAGUCUCGAACCUCCAUCCAUAAUUUCAUGGCUCAUCCCGAAUUCCGGAUCGAAGAUUCCCAGCCCCACAUCCCCCUCAUUGAUGACACCGACCUGGAAGAAGACGCUGCCCUCAAGCAGAACUCCAGCCCGCCGUCGUCGCUCAACAAGAACAACAGCGCCAUCGACAGCGGGAUCAACCUGACGACCGACACAAGUAAAUCAGCUACCUCUUCAAGUCCAGGGAGCCCCAUCCACAGCCUGGAGACAUCGCUUUAGCUGAGGACCCUGUCGCCGCCACCCGCCUCCCGGGCACCCACCCAUCCAGGCACCCAACUCACCCAAGCAGCAAGGAGCAACGACAGGAAACCAAAUACUGGAGAGAAAACCAAUGUUUCCACCAACAGACCCCCUUCUCUGGCUGCGAUGCUGUUUGAACUCUUUUUCACUUUGAGGCGAGGGGCGGGAUCUCCACCGGGGCCUAGGGAACUGAGCGGUUUUCCCAAAACAAGCCCUUCCAGGCUCCUGCCCAAACAUGGACCAGCCAUGCACCCGCCCAGCCACCACGUCCCCCGCAUGAAUGUACUGUACACUUUCGAUCCUCCCCUUGUUUGGUUUUUGGGGGGUUGGGGAGGGGUUUUGUUUUGUUUUGUUUGUUUGUUUCUUCGGCGGGAACUGCAAACAGACUCUUUUCUGAGACUAUUUAUCCAACCCACUGGUCUGUGAGUUUUUGAAAUGCUUGCGCAGCAUGGUCUCAGUUGUAUAGAUUAAUUUAAUAACUUUUUGAAAUUGCAGAGCUUAACGCGCCUAGUAGAUUUGCACCAACGGAACCGAAGAACUUCAUAGACACUCACGAGGUUAUAUCCAUUUCUUUGUAUCUAUAUCAACGUAUACUUCUCCAAGACCGUAUACGUCCAUAUAGAUAGGUAGAUAUAUAUAUAUAUAAAUAUAUAUACAUGGAUAUAUAAAGUUUCUUUGCCGGCAUGUUGCCUUGUUUCCGCUUAAAUUGCUCUAUUUUAACUUAUUUAUGUCCCAAAAGAAGAAUGUAAUUUGUUUACAAACCUGUAGAUAAUGUCUUUGGCUAUUUGUACGGUUUAAGAACUCUAGCGGCUGAGAUGCUAUACAAAAAACAGCUCAGCCCAACAGACACUCCCCUGGAUUGCGCCCUUGAUGUUUUACAAUAGCCAUGCUCUGACUUUUGCCUGCUGUUUCCGUUCAAUAAUGUCACUACCAUGGGAGGCUCAGGCAGAAGCCAAAUGCAAGCCAAGCAUCCGUCCCGAGGCGUUUAACAACAUGCUCCGUAGACGAAGGGAGAGGAGGGGAGAAGGCUUCCUGGAUUUGCAACACUAAUGGCCUUCCCGGCCCGAGGAUGCCAGAUCUGCAAAACUCUGGUCGAAGACUUUUCUCUCGAUGAAACUUACUUGAGUUUACUAAGAGCAUUGCAAAAAUAGGUUCUCUUUGGCUCUGUCUGUAGGGAGGUUGAGGUAGUGUUGAAAUAUUAUAAAUGCUGUUGUGUUGAUUUUUUUUUUUUUAGUUAGUAAUUUAGAGGUUUAUUUCCUUAUCAAUGGCAGCAUAUAAGCUGUUGGCCUAUUGGAUGAGGAUCGGUAUGGCUUGCUGCUUUUAUUUUUAUUUUUGAAGAAUAGCCUUUUUCUCUGCACUAUUUAGAUCCGAAUGAACCUUAUGAUGUGUAUAUUGAGAUGUAUUCAGUGUGAUUUUUAAACCAAAUUGUCUUCCUGUAGUCACAAUAUAUACUGUAGCCUUUUAACAGCAAGUCUUGCUUUCCCAGACAGAAAGCCAUUCUGAAACCCUACAGUAUCACAGGUGAGAAGAGGUGGUUAUUUGCCCCCCCAAGACAAUAACAGCACUAGCAAUCCCACUUACUAAGAGCUUAUUUAAUUGUAUGUCAGCCUCUUAACUGCUAAGCACUUUGUGGGUCUCAGCAUUUUUCAUAAAAGGACUUUUGUAUUUAAUACAAAGUUUGCUUUGAGACUUUUCAGCAUACGAUCUUUUUCCAUAAACUUGUACAGUGCAAAAGACAUUUUGAAUACCAUGAUCGAUGAUGUCCCAUGCUUCAAGGAAAACCAAACACUUUCCGCCUCACUUGUGAAAUCCAUUCCUCGUGGUGACCCUUCCCACAUGGUUGCUGUGUGUCCCUUCCCUUCUCCAGGCCCAGAGAACUCUUCCACAAAAAAAGAUGAGAGCCACUUGGGAAAAGAGCCAUAGUCAGCUAGGAGGGCCUAUGUCUGGACAACGGCUGUGGAAAAACUUAGGGGGUUGGGGUUAGAAGUCAGCCCAUCCCACCUGGCAAAAUCAGUCAGAGGACCUCCUUUUCAAGAGAGCCCCACCUGAAUGUUGUGAAGAAGUAUCUCUGAAUGUACCCAGCAAAGGAAACUGCACACCCAAAGGGGUGACCAGCCCUCAGAUGUGCUUCUUGGAUCCCGGUACAAACACCACCAAAGCCAGCCCACUGCUCUCCUCCGAGGAAGGAAAGACCUGCACACCUCUAACACGGGGUAGCCUUGGAACAUGGUUUUUUUUUUUGGAGUUUCCUUUCUCGCAGUUCUCCAUCUUGCCCUUCUAUGUUCACUCGUGUGUCCGUGACCUCAUCCCAUGACAUCAGGAUAGUUCUGCUUGCACGCCAUGCCCGCUGUCCAUCUGGAGCCAGGACAUAAGGAAAACAGGAGGGUUUUCUGAGCAGAGCCUCGCUGGGGAACAGGGAGCAGUGGAAGGAUGCCGAUGUUAGCUUGGUCUUCUCUUGUGAGAAUGACGGAUACUCACACACACGCACCCCGCACUCUCACACUCGCACACACGUCCUCACACACAGGAAAUGGUUGGUUUGUCAAAACUCACUGUAGUACAUAAAGCUUGCACUCUGCGUCCUAUUAUCUAGCAGCAUGGGGUACGUUUGGCAGUUCACCCCAUUAGGGGGUAAAUAAUUUAUGACCAUUCAUCUGUUUUUAUGAAUUUUUUUAUCUAGACAAUAAUUGUAAAUAAAGAAUUCACCGUCUCUGUUCAUUUAAUACUA